UCGUUAAGGUACUUCUAUUUGUUUGUUUGGCUGAAGAAUUAGCUAUUUAGAGCUAGAGAUCUCGCGUUUCUUCUUGUUAUACUACUGUUUUGACUGCAUUGCGACAGGUCUCUUUUGAGCCAAAGCCAUGGCCACUGGACAGUUAUUUUCUGGAACUACGCAAGCUUUAUUCUACAACUACAAACAACUUCCUAUUCAACGAAUGCUUGAUUUUGAUUUCCUUUGCGGGAGGGAAACACCGUCUGUUGCUGGUAUUAUUAAUCCUGGUGCUGAGGGAUUUCAGAAACUUUUCUUCGGUCAAGAGGAAAUUGCGAUCCCAGUACAUUCUACCAUUGAAGCAGCAUGUACUGCACAUCCAACUGCUGAUGUUUUUAUCAACUUUGCAUCAUUCCGUAGUGCUGCUGCUUCAUCCAUGGCUGCUCUGAAACAGCCAACCAUUCGAGUUGUCGCUAUAAUUGCUGAAGGUGUUCCUGAGUCAGACACCAAGCAGUUGAUUGCAUAUGCACGUUCCAACAAUAAGGUUGUUAUUGGCCCAGCUACCGUUGGAGGAAUUCAGGCUGGAGCUUUUAAGAUUGGCGACACUGCUGGAACAAUUGACAAUAUUGUUCAAUGCAAGCUGUACCGGCCUGGAUCUGUUGGCUUCGUCUCCAAAUCUGGUGGCAUGUCAAAUGAAAUGUACAACACUAUUGCCCGCGUUACAGAUGGAAUCUAUGAAGGUAAGAAUAAGCUUUUAACAGUUUGCUCUUUAUUCGUACCUGCUGAAACAAAUGCAAAUUUAUAUAAAAUAUUAACUUUUGGGUACACAUUAAAAAAUUAUGUAGGCAUUGCAAUUGGAGGAGAUGUCUUCCCAGGCUCCACUUUAUCUGACCAUGUUUUGCGAUUUAACAACAUACCACAGGUAAAGAUGAUGGUUGUUCUUGGAGAACUUGGUGGCCGAGAUGAGUAUUCCUUGGUUGAAGCCCUGAAACAGGGUAAAGUGAACAAGCCAGUGGUCGCUUGGGUCAGUGGAACUUGUGCACGACUCUUCAAAUCAGAAGUACAGUUUGGUCAUGCUGGAGCUAAGAGUGGUGGUGAGAUGGAGUCUGCACAGGCGAAGAAUCAAGCACUAAAGGAUGUUGGAGCUGUAGUUCCCACUUCAUAUGAAGCUUUUGAAGCUGCGAUCAAGGAAACGUUUGAGAAACUGGUUGAACAAGGGAAGAUUACACCCGUGAAGGAAGUCAAGCCUCCACAAAUCCCGGAAGAUCUUAACACUGCAAUUAAGAGUGGGAAAGUUCGUGCUCCAACACAUAUUAUUUCAACUAUCUCUGAUGACAGGGGUGAGGAGCCAUGCUAUGCUGGUGUGCCUAUGUCUUCCAUUGUUGAGCAAGGUUAUGGCGUUGGUGACGUCAUUUCUCUCUUGUGGUUCAAGCGUAGCCUUCCCAGAUACUGUACUCAUUUUAUUGAGAUAUGCAUCAUGCUCUGUGCCGACCAUGGUCCAUGUGUCUCUGGUGCUCACAACACCAUAGUGACUGCUAGAGCUGGAAAAGACCUAGUUUCCAGUCUUGUUUCUGGUUUGCUUACUAUCGGUCCUCGAUUUGGCGGUGCCAUUGAUGAUGCUGCUCGAUACUUUAAAGAUGCUUACGACAGGUGUCAUACGCCUUGUGAGUUUGUUGAAGGCAUGAAAAAGAAGGGUAUUCGUGUGCCAGGAAUUGGCCACAGGAUUAAGAGAGGGGACAACUGAGAUAAGAGAGUGGAGCUCCUCCAACGGUUUGCUCGCACACAUUUCCCAUCUGUUAAGUACAUGGAAUAUGCCGUCCAAGUU